AUGCCAACUGUCUCCACUGUCAAUCUCACGGCACCACUCCUCCUCCUCUUGCUAUGGGCAACCCACUCCACCAUGGCAACCAACUGGCUCUCCCUGGCGAGGCUGCCUCGUUCCAGGGCCGUGUCCGGUGCUGCCCCAUGUGCACGGCUGAGGGGGCUGACCCCAGGGCAGGUGGGGGUGUGCAGGGCACGAGGGGAGGUCAUGGAGUCCGUACGCAAGGCAGCCGAGAUGGUCAUAGAAGAGUGCCAGCACCAGUUCAGGAAUCGCCGCUGGAACUGUUCCACCACCCCACGUGGGAUCAAUGUAUUUGGCAGAGUCAUGAACCAAGGGACUCGUGAGGCGGCUUUUGUGCACGCUUUGUCCUCAGCAGCCGUGGCAGUGGCUGUGACCCGAGCCUGCACCCGCGGGGAGCUGGAGAGGUGUGGCUGUGACAGGAAGGUCAGGGGGGUCAGCCCCGAGGGCUUUCAGUGGUCAGGGUGCAGUGACAAUCUGUCCUAUGGUGUGGCUUUCUCCCAAACUUUUGUGGACGAACCGGAACGAGCCAAGGGGCUGUCAGCGGGGCGACCACUCAUGAACCUCCACAACAACGAGGCCGGCCGAAAGGCCAUCCUUCACAACAUGCAGGUGGAGUGUAAGUGUCACGGUGUCUCCGGCUCCUGCGAGCUAAGGACAUGCUGGAAGGUUAUGCCUCCAUUCAGGCGCGUUGGCGUGGUGCUCAAAGAGCGCUUUGAUGGAGCCACAGAGGUCCGCCUGACUCGUAUAGGAUCCAGGACAGCCUUGCUCCCCCGUGACCCCCAGGUCAAACCCCCUGCUGCCAGAGACCUUGUGUACCUUGCGCCCUCCCCAGAUUUCUGCCAUCUCGACCCUGACAACGGUAUCCCCGGGACUGCUGGUAGGAGAUGUAACGGGACCUCUCGGCUAGCACCCGAUGGCUGUGAGCUGGUGUGCUGCGGGCCGGGAUACAGAGCGGGCCGGGCUGAGGUGGUGCAGCGCUGCUCCUGCAAGUUUUCUUGGUGCUGCUCAGUCCGCUGCCAGCAGUGCAAGAACACAGUCACCAUCCACACCUGCAGAGUCUAGAGGAGCCGCAAACAAAACCAAACCGACCGAACAGAAAGACACGA